CAGGUGAGAGGAAACUACGGCAAGUGUAUACGUAGCGACAAUCUCUUCCUGUUUGUGCUGCCGUGCCCACGGUCAUUGUGCCCUUUGCUGUGUGAUGCCUGUUCGUUUAUCAGGGAUUUGUUAUUGCUGGGAGGAGAUGUUGAAACAAACCCCGGUCCUGGCAUGGAAAAGAUUCUAGAACAGCUGAAGAAAAUCUCAGAUGACCUUCAGGAAAUCAAAUCAGAGAAGAUUAAAACGAACGUAAGACUCCUGGCGAUCGAGCAGAAAAUGGAAUCUAUAACAGCUCUUGAGGGUAGAAUCACUGCCUGUGAGGAACAAAUGUCCAUAGACGAUCUUGAAAAUCGAAGUCGAAGGUCAAACCUGAUCGUUUAUGGAAUACCAGAAAUCGUAAACGAAAGUAAUGAAUCGCUUGAUAGUUUUGUUACCGAAAAAAUUCUCAAAGAAAUUCUCGAGGUUCAAUCUGCAGGUUUUGAGAGGAUACAUAGACUCGGCAAAAAAAUGGAAAACAAAACUAGGCCGGUCAUUUUUAAGCUAUUCGACUUCAGAGACAAGGCAAAAAUACUCAAAAACUGCUACAAGUUGAAAGGGACGAUCUAUGCAAUCAGCGAAGACUUUUCCCGCCCCGUACAGGAAAUUAGAAAAAAGCUGUGGAAUAGCGCCAAGGAAAAUAGAGAUAGAAGAGAAAAAGUGCAACUAGUCUUCGACAAAAUCAAAAUCAAUGGCAGUCUAUUUGUUUGG